AGAGCAAAACCAUUUGACCCGACCCUAAACCUCUCGAUCUGUGUCCUUUUCAAUCUCACGAUCUCUCUCUCUCUCUCUCUCAGCUCUGUUUUGAUCGAAUUCAAGUGGUCUCCAGUGCCUAGGAAGGAUGGAUUUGAUGUCUGGGUACAAGAAUCGCGUACAAGGGGUUGUUGGGCUUGUAUUUGGAAACGAGAAUUCUGCUUCAAGUGAAGAUAGCUAUGUUGAACGCUUGCUUGACCGUAUAAGUAAUGGUGUCCUGUCGGAGGACCGGAGGACUGCUAUUGCUGAACUUCAAUCUGUUGUAGCAGAAAGUCGUGCUGCCCAGCUAGAUUUUGGGGCAAUGGGCUUUCCAGUACUUUUAAGUGUCUUGAAGGAAGAGCGAGAUGAUGUUGAAAUGGUUCGUGGUGCUCUAGAAACUCUUGUGAGUGCCUUGACUCCAAUUGAUCAUGCUAAAGGGUCAAAGAAUGAGGUUCAACCAGCUUUAAUGAACACUGAUUUGCUUUCUAGAGAAGCAGAGAGCAUUUCUCUUCUUCUAAGUCUGUUGUCGGAGGAGGAUUUCUACAUUCGUUAUUACACACUUCAACUAUUGACAGCUCUACUUACGAACUCUCCAAAUAGGUUACAAGAAGCCAUUCUGACUAUUCCUCGUGGAAUAACUCGGCUUAUGGACAUGCUUAUGGAUCGUGAGGUUAUACGAAAUGAGGCCUUGUUACUUCUCACUUACUUGACUCGUGAAGCUGAGGAAAUUCAAAAGAUUGUGGUCUUUGAAGGUGCUUUUGAGAAGAUUUUUAGUAUUGUUAAAGAGGAAGGGGGUUCGGAAGGUGGUGUUGUUGUGCAGGACUGUCUUGAAUUGCUGAACAAUCUCAUUCAUGACAAUGUGUCUAAUCAGGUAUUGCUAAGGGAGACUAUGGGCUUUGACCCUUUGUUAUCAAUUUUGAAGCUCAGAGGAAAUUCCUAUAGUUUCACCCAACAGAAGACAAUAAAUCUACUCAGUGCUUUAGAGACCAUCAGUUUGCUAAUAAGGGGAGGUCCAGAAGCUGAUCCUGGAAAAGACACCAACAGGCUGACCAAUAAAACAGUCUUGGUUCAGAGAAAAAUUUUGGACCAUCUUUUAAUGUUAGGAGUAGAAAGCCAAUGGGCUCCUGUUCCUGUGCGUUGUACGGCACUUAGAUGCAUUGGCAACCUGAUUGUCAGUCAUCCAAAGAAUCUUGAUGCCCUUGCAAGUAAAGUUCUUGGAGAGGAGCCGCAAGUAGAGCCUGCAUUAAAUUCUGUCCUCCGAAUCAUCUUGCGGACUUCUAGCAUGCAGGAGUUUGUAGCAGCGGACUAUGUUUUUAGGUGCUUUUGUGAGAAAAACCCUGAUGGUCAAACAAUGUUAGCAUCUACAUUAAUCCCUCAACCGCUGCCAAUGACUCAUGCUCCACUUGAGGAGGAUGUGAACAUGUCAUUUGGAAGCAUGCUAUUACGUGGUCUUACUUUGAGUGAAAACGAUGGUGAUCUCGAGACUUGUUGCAGAGCUGCUAGUGUUCUGUCUCAUGUACUGAAGGACAAUAUCCAGUGCAAGGAGAGGGUUUUACGAAUUGAACUAGAGCCACCUACACCAUCUUUAGGAGCCCCAGAGCCGUUGUUGUACCGUAUGGUGAAAUACUUGGCUCUUGCUUCUUCUAUGAAAAGUAAAGAUGGGAAAUCAAAUGCAUCAGGGAAUACGUAUGUUCAACCAAUUAUAUUGAAACUGCUAGUCAUUUGGCUUUCAGACUGCCCAAGUGCAGUGCAUUGCUUCCUAGAUUCACGUCCUCAUCUUACAUAUCUGCUGGAGUUGAUAUCAAAUUCAACCACAACGGUGUGCAUAAGGGGGCUGGCAUCGGUACUUUUGGGAGAAUGUGUUAUCUAUAAUAAAUCAAGUGACACUGGAAAGGAUGCUUUUACGAUAGUUGAUGCCAUAACUCAGAAAAUCGGGCUCGCGUCAUAUCUUUUAAAGUUUGAAGAGAUGCAGAAAAGUGUUGUUUUUUCUUCUGCGAAACCAGCUCAGUCCCGUACACCGUUGACAAGAUCCACUGCUGCUAGUAUGGCAGAGAUUGAAGACGUUGAUGAGAAUGAGGCUAGUGACCAGAAGAAUGAGGAUCAUCCGAUGCUUGCAUCCAUGUUUGAUGCUCGGUUUGUUGACUUCAUUAGAAAUCUAGAGGCAAAUAUAAGAGAAAGCAUUGUAGAUGUCUAUAGCAAACCAAAGAGCAAGGUGGCUGUAGUGCCAGCAGAAUUGGAACAGCAGGGUGGGGAAAGUGAUGGGGACUAUGUCAAACGGCUGAAAUUAUUUGUGGAGAAGCAGUGCUCUGAGAUACAGGACCUUCUUAGUCGUAAUGCAACUUUGGCUGAAGACUUGGUCAAGAUGGGUGGGGGUGGUCCAUCUCCACCUGAUCACAGAGCUAGUGGAGGCUCAGAAAGAGUCCAGGUGGAGACACUCCGUAGAGAUCUUCAAGAGUCCUCCCAACGGCUGGAGAUGCUUAAGACAGAGAAAGCCAAGAUUGAAUCUGAGGCUUCAAUGUACCGCAAUUUGGCUGAGAAGAUGGAAGCUGAUCUCAAGUGCUUGUCUGACGCUUACAAUAGUCUUGAACAGGCAAACUACAAUAUGGAAAAGGAAAUUAAGGCUUUAAAAAGCGGGGGAGCCACACCCCUUCCAGAUGUUGAGGCAAUAAAGGCCGAGGCAAGAGAAGAAGCCCAGAAGGACAGUGAAGCAGAAUUGAACGAUUUGCUUGUCUGCCUUGGGCAAGAGCAGAGUAAGGUAGAGAAGCUGAGCGCAAGGUUGCUGGAGUUAGGGGUAGAUGUCGACAUGUUACUUGAAGGCAUUGGAGAUGAUAUAGGUCUGGCUGAUGAUGGUGAAGAGGAAGAAGAUUGAUAGUCGCUUCUAGUAGCCUUGUGUUGUCAUUGUGUUCUGUUCUUUCCAACACUUCCCAAAUAUGGCUGACCGUGCUGAUGCUUUGUAUAAUCUUUAGUGAUUUGUACAGUCUGUCACUGUUAUUUAUGAUGUUGAUAAGUUUAAUUAAAAUUCACAAAAGAUGCUGUUGCUACAGGUUAUUUUAUUUUAUUUUUUAUUUUUUUCAUGUACUUGUGUUAAGAGAACAGCCCACAAGAUGGAAGAUAUGCUUGAACAAAAACUAGAUUUUACUUGGAUCUC